AUGUCGGCCAAAGAAAGCUUGGGCUUAGAGUACUGGCUUCAAUGGCAAGUUGCCGUGUGUGCUCUAAUCUUCAUCAUCCCUACUACUGUAGCUUUGAGGCUCAUCAAUAGGCAGCGAAAGGACACAGAGUAUCCUACCAAGUCCACUGAUCUGUGGCUUUCGCCUUUGUUGCCUAUGUCCUUCUUGCUUUUUCAGACUGUGUCCAGCUUUGGCUUCUUCGACUUCUUCUUCUACACACAGUGGACGUUUGCUUUGGUUGGGGUCUAUUUUGCUCUGGGAACCAUUAUAUCGGCGCGGGGAUGCUGGUUAUAUACAAGAAAUCCCCUCUCCCGGCGCGGGGAGAUAGAGAAAUUUCUUAAAACAGCUGCUCAAGAGAAUAGUAGCAAUGGGGCAUCCUCUGACCAACGACUUGGAUUUUGGGAAAACUGUAUGCAAAUUAUUUAUCAGACUAGUGCAGGUGCUGUUAUGCUGACAGAUAUUGUCUUUUGGUGUCUUUUGCUUCCAUUUAUGACGGGCGAGAACUUUAAGCUCACCCUGCUAAUUGGAUGCAUGCACUCUGUAAAUGCUAUUUUUCUUCUUCUUGAUUCAGUCCUGAACAAUCUUCAAUUUACAUGGUUUGGUAUCACAUAUUUUGUGCUGUGGAGCUGUUGUUAUAUUGUUUUCCAGUGGACUCUACACGCGUGCUGCUUAAAUUGGUGGCCGUAUCCUUUCUUGGAACUUAACACUCCAUGGGCACCUUUGUGGUAUCUUGGAUUGGCUGUGGUCCACAUCCCCUGUUACGGAAUAUAUGCUCUGCUUAUCAAAGCAAAAGGCCGACUGUUCUCGAGAAUGUUUCCACAGGCAUUUCUUAGUGGCAGGAUUGCAAUGGAGAAGAAGCAUACUUGAAGCAGAAUAUAAUUAAAAAGUACUCUAAUUCGAGGUUGUUGUAUGCAUAUACACGAAACCAUAUAUAAUUCCUUUUCUCAGUGACACGAUUGUACUAAACAAACUUCAUUAUUCGAAGAUUUAAGAGCAAGGGUUCUCCCUAAGUACUA